GACUGUGGCCCUGGGUGUAAUGGUUACAGUUAUAUACAACCCGAAAUGUACAAUAACAAAUGAAGAUCCUCCUUAAAUGAUCAUCUGUCGGCUUAUACAACGUCAAAAAGGAGCGUGUUUCUUUGUCUAUGACUCACUAUAGAGAUACUAAAUAAGUUGUGCAUUCGGCUGCAUGUCCAAAAAAAUUCAUUGAAAUAUGUGGUACUAAUAUCAAACAAACCCCUCAAUAUUUUAUCAGCGCAGAAGGACUGAGUCAGGGCGUUUGCUUGUGUUAUCUCUACGUCCCGUAGACCGGGGCGGGGAAGCGAAGGGUUAGCCAACAACGAUGGUCGAAGUUUGCAAAGAGAAUAACUCAAAGUCAUGGCUUUCUGUCAUUUGGCGUAUCUGCAACCUUUUCAUGUCUGUAUUCUUUGCGCUUGCAACAUAUGUACAGAUUAAUGAUCCAGACGCAGGGUUAUGGAUGGUUGGUUAUGGUGUUCCUGCAGUCCUGUGUUCAUGUAUUGGAUUGAACCUCCAUGUGACAGAAACGUUGCCCUGGAGGCGUGUUGCAGAUCUCCAUGUGAUGAUCUCCAGCGCUGUAUUUUCUAUAUUGGGAUGGAGACUUUGUCGAGAGCGAAUCACAGAUAUCUUCCAGCAGGAGGAGGGCAGAGAAUUUUCUGGUCUCGUGCUGACAGCUGUUUGGCUUCUCCUUUGUCGCCACUCUGGAAGGGCUCCAGUGGGGGUGCUUAGAGUUUCCACAGCAACGGCCAUCACAGUGUUCCCCUUUGUGGCCUGGCUUUACUAUUACAUCAAUACAGAGCUGAGAGCAAGCUGGCCUUCACACUGUAAAACUGCUAUUUAAACAUCAACAUCUUUUCAACUGCUCCUUUUGUUAUGUUCUCUGACUGAAAACCCUGGACCAACAAUACUGCUCAAGUAAACCUUUUUGUUGUUUCAUUAAAAACAAACAUAUGAUAGCUGAGCUGUCAUGAAAGAAGAGAAAAGUAUUUUUCAAUAAUGUUUACCUUCAAACUGUUUGAUUGUGUAAUGCUGAUAUUAUUUUCCCGAUAAUUGAAGUAUGAAUACUUUAAAAUGUAUAUAAAAAAGUUUUUUUUUUUUUCUUACUUUUAAAAACAUUUACUUCUUAUAUCAACAAAAUGAAACAGAAAAUAAUGAACCUUACCAAAUACCUCAGAUUUGUGUUCUUGAAAUGCAUGGACAUGAUCACAUACUUAAUAAUAUGCCUAAUGUGUGCCUUUUUCAGAAAACUUCUAAUAUAAAAAAGAAUCAUCUUAAUGUAAGUUAACAAUUUGGGAAGAUUCAUUUUUUUAUUUACUGUAUAUAUUUAGUUAAAAUGUUUAGCUUUUCCUGUAGUAGUUUCAC